CCCACACACCUUCACUGCGCAUGUGCUUCUGCCAUAGGCCUUUCGUCUCCGCCUUCCUUCUUUCCAGCGAGCUGUGUGUCGGUACCUUGCGAGCUGAAGACGUCGCGGCUGGCGGUUGGUCGUGGACUAUUCCAAAGGAGGAGGAAUCAUGUUCCUGAAAUUUCUUGGAUUCCUCAUCUUUCUACUUUUGCCAUGAUCAAAUGUUUGGUGGAAGAUGUACGAACCAGGUUACGCUCUGGAGUGGCCAUCAACUCACUGGGCCAGUGUGUUGAGGAACUUGUCCUCAAUAGUAUUGAUGCUAAAGCAACAUGUGUGGCCAUCCGUGUGGAUUUGGAAACCUUCAAGGUCCAGGUGGUGGACAAUGGCUCUGGGAUGGGGAGAGAGGACCUAAAUAGAGUGGGUAAUAGAUAUUUCACUAGUAAGUGCAAGUCAGUGGAGGAUUUAGAGAAUCUGAAGUUCUAUGGUUUCCGAGGGGAGGCUGUGGCCAGCAUAGCAAGUGUGGCCAGCAUUGUAGAAAUUUCAUCCAAGACUAACAAGAUUGCGAAAACCUUCAUGAAACUGUUUCAGAAUGGGAAAGCACUUGAGGUCUGUGAAGCUGAAUUGACUAGACCAAGUGGUGGAACGACAGUGACUGUGUAUAACUUAUUCCAUCAAUUACCCGUGAGGAGAAAGUGCAUGGAUCUCAUGCUGGAAUUUGAGAGGGUGAGGCAGAAGGUAGAAGCUCUCUCACUCAUGCAUCCUUCCGUCUCCUUUUCCUUAAGAAAUGAUGCUUCUUGUUCUAUGAUGCUUCAACUCCCCAAGACAAAAGAUAUGUGUUCCCGUUUUUGUCAAAUUUAUGGACUGGGUAGAACACAGAAAUUACGAAAAAUAAAUUAUACAUCUGGGGGGUUUGAGUUAAGUGGCUAUAUCAGUUCUGAAGGGCAUUACAAUAAGAAUAUGCAGUUUUUGUAUGUGAAUAAUAGGUUGGUUUUAAAAACAAGAUUGCAUAAACUCAUGGACUUUUUAUUGAGGAAAGAAAGUGUUAUUUGCAAAACAAAAGGGGGCCCUGCCAACAGACAAAUGAGUUCAAGUCCUAUUCGGCAUCGUGGCCCAGAACUCUAUGGAAUCUUUGUUAUCAAUGUGAAAUGUCAAUACUGUGAAUAUGAUGUGAGUCUGGAACCUGCAAAAACUCUGAUAGAAUUCCGUAAUUGGGAUGCUCUUUUGGCUUGCAUAGAGGAAGGAGUGAAAACAUUUUUAAAGCAAGAACACUUAUUUGUUGAACUGUCUAGUGAAGACAUAAAAGAAUUUGAUGAAGACAAUGGAUUUAGUUUGUACAGGACCAGAGCUCUGCAACCUAUGCUCUUUGAAGAAAAGAGCAUACAAGACAAUUUUAGGAAAACUUGUGAUGAUAUUGUAGAUUCCUAUGAAAUGUUUAAUUUGCAAUCAAAAGCUGUCAAAAGAAAAGUGGUGGUUCAGGAAAAAUCUUCAGAUCUAAUAGCUUCAAAAGAUAAUGCUGCAGAAAAAGAAGUCUCCCCAGCUCUGAUCUUUGCUGAAUCAGAGGACACUGUGAGUCCUCUGCUCAACAAAGAAAGCAUAACUUCUGAUUUCUUAGAAUCAGAUAUAUUAGAACAAGAGCCAAAAGAGUUCAAUAGUCCCAAGUCUUCAGAAAAUCUCUGUGGAGAAUCCAUAUCAGAAGAAGUAGAAAUAGACAGUUAUGCUGAAAUGCCAGAUUGUACUGAGAAUUGUAUGGAAGAUACAAGAACACAGGACAGAGCAGCUCAGAAGAGCAACAUCAAUAUUGCCUUUGAAAAUGGUGUAAUGCUGGGGCAGCAUGAGAGAGUUGAAGAUACAGCUGAUGGACCAGGGAGAGCAUUGAUGGAAAUGUAUGAUGUGAUGAAAGAAGACAGUGGAAAAAGUAAAGGGCCAAAUAAUGAUUCUGCAGGAAGGGUAGCUAGAUCAGUUCCACCAAAGUUGUAUUCCACAGGCCUUAUAACUCAUAUGUUGCAAAAUCAGUCACAACAUGAACAAACUGAAAGGAAUUCUAGACUUGGCCCUGUAAGUGCCAAGGACAUAUAUAGAACUAAGAGGAGUUUUUCAGUUCAGAGUCUAAAUGUUCAGGAUAUUUCUAAUGUUUUAAAUAAAGAGCGUACUUUACUAUCCAAUAGAAAAGUAUGUACAGUAUAUGCAAAUGAAUGGUUAGAAAAUGAGACUGCAUCAGGCCAGAAGAAUGAGGAAAUAGCAUCAAUCACUGCAAGAGGUAAAAAAGAGAGUGUAACUUCACACAUUAGAGAGAUGCUUCCAGUCACUUCCUUGGGUUUUCCUCAUAAUGAAAAUAAUCCAAGCAACAGAAGGCAUAUGGCUCAGCUAUCUGUUACACCCAGAACCCAAGCCUAUAAGAAGCUGAGCUUGUCCAUACAGCUGGGGUCUUUAGAGAGAUUUAAGAGACAUUUUGGGAAGGUUGGGAGUGCACCAUCAAUAUCUAUUCCAGAUAAGAGGAGUGAAUUACAACCCUCACAUGUUCUUGAUUCUCUGUAUGAUCUUGACACCUUCAAAAAUCAGAAUAACAGUGUUGAAUGUGUUAACAUUUGUGAAACUCCGGCUCUGGAACAUGCUGAUGCUAGUAAUAGUUGCCCAGAUAGUUGCCCCCUUUCCUUGGAGAGGACUCAGUUCUAUGCCAAAGAAACUUUGUUAAACAGAAAAGCUGCUUGUGUGAGAGAGAGUCCCUUGACAUUGACUGACUACUGUCAAAUUAGAAGGAAAGAUCUAAGCAGCAGUGGAUCACUAGCUUCUAAACUGUCCAAAAUGAAGGGUGCCCACAAGGAACUUUUAGCUACAGAAGUUGUAGGACAGCUUGAUGAACAAUUUCAAACAGAUUUAAGCAGAAAAGAUUUUGACAAAUCACAUCUUUUGUCUCAAAAUGAUGAUGUUUUGCAGAGUCCUUAUCAAAUGUGUCAAAGGUCCUCACAAGAAGCAGGGGUAGAUGGUUACAUCCAUUCAUCAGCCUCUGAUAAACAGGCUGCUCCCUGCAAAAUGUAUAGCACAAGAUCAGGGACCAGAGAAAAUAUUGUGAAUCAGUCCCUGCUCAUCAACACAGAUGGGGAGUACAUGACCCUUCCAAACAAUGGUUUGGCAUUACACAGUAAAAAGAGUUCUGAAUGUAUUUGUGAAGAUGGAAAUAUUGUGGAUAUAUCUGCAAAGCAGACUUCAGAAGCCACUGAGCUUCCCAGAGUAACCAUAUCAAGUAGUUUGGAAAUACCUGGAGAUGUCACAAGUGCAGUUCAAUCUAAAAAUGAAAAAUCAACAUUGUGUUCUUCUAUCUGGACGCAACAUUUUGAUGUUUCAUUGGGUAAGAUGGUAUACAUCAACAAAAUUACUGGACUAAGCACCUACAGUACUCCUCCAGCUGAAGAACUUCAGGCUGCUUGUACUCAAGAUAUAACUACCAUGGUUGUGAAUGUUGUCUUACAGAGUGACCUCGAGAAGAGAGGCUUCUGGCAAGCCAAGGUUUCAGAGGUAGGAUCAGUUUGCCAGGACAUAGACCACAGUGAAAAACAACCCAAAGAACUCUGGCAGCUGUCCCAACAGGAACCCAGAAUUAUUCAAGAUGCUGAUGGGGAGUCUCUCCACUCCUUUUCAGAAUGGGAUAAUCCUGUGUUUGCUCGCUGCCCAGAGGUUGCUAUUGAUGUGAGCAGUGGCCAGGCUGAGAGACUGGCGGUGAAAAUUCAUAAUAUCUUGUAUCCCUAUCGUUUCACCAAGGAGAUGAUUAACUCAAUGCAGGUUCUUCACCAAGUGGACAAUAAAUUUAUUGCUUGUUUAAUCAACACUAGAAAUGAAGUGAAUGCAGAUGCCGAUGGAAAUUUGCUGGUGUUGGUGGAUCAGCAUGCAGCCCAUGAGCGUAUUCGCUUGGAGCAACUUAUUGCAGAUUCCUAUGAGAAGCAACCUGAAGAAUCUGGCAAGAAGAAAUUGCUGUCCUCCACCAUUUCUCCCCCAUUGGAGAUUGAAGUAACAGAGGAACAGAGAAGACUCUUACGGUGCUGUUACAAAAGCCUGGAGGAAUUAGGCCUUGAAUUAUCAUUUCCAGAAAACAACAGCUCCCAAAUUCUAGUUGGGAAGGUUCCUUUGUGUUUUAUGGAGAGAGAGGCCAAUGAAUUACGACGGAAAAGACAGCCUGUGGCUAAAAGCAUUGUGGAGGAGUUGAUUCAAGAACAAGUUGAGCUAUUGCAAACCACAGGAGGUGCACAAGGGACACUUCCACUAACCUUUCUAAAGGUGCUGGCAUCCCAAGCAUGCCAUGGAGCUAUUAAGUUUAAUGACAGCUUGACUAAGGAGGAGAGCUGCCAACUUAUUGAAGCUUUGUCCUCUUGCCAGCUGCCUUUCCAGUGUGCUCAUGGAAGACCUUCCAUGAUGCCACUUGCAGACAUAGAUCAUCUGAAGCAGGAAAAGCAGCCUAAACCUAAUUUGGCUAAACUGCGGAGAAUGGCCCGAGCCUGGCAGCUGUUUGGGAAACAAGGACAGCAGUAUAGAACUGUGAGGUGAAAACCAGCCUCUCCAGGCGUGUUGAUGUCACACAACCCCUCAAACUUCUAGCCAGCAACAUGAAACUAGUGUUCCUUGCUUAGAUACAACUCCUGAGCCAUUGUGGUGUCAGAAAUCCUACCUGCACAGUUGACCUUUUGAGGAGCAGAGAUCAUCCCAGGGAAUGUAUACUCCUAUGUUGACAGACUAUACUGUGUGUCCAGAACUGGCUAUUCAAUGGUAGAAAGUGCCUCACACUUGAAAGUGUUAAAUUCCCUUCUUCUGAGAAUGGCAGGACUCAUAGAAGGGUUGUUUUAAUCUAUUUACAAUGCUCUGGAAGUAUAGAGGGCUAAGUAUUUAUUAAUAAACCAACAGCUCUUUCCUCAGCCUCUUUCUGACUGGAAUGAGUAUAGUUGAUCUCAAAUUUUGUAGGCAGAGUCAGACCAUAAAAGAACCAAAACUGUCACUAGUCAACCAAGCGUCUAAUAGCAGAACAACCCCAGAUUGCUGUUUUUCUUGCCUGCAGCUUUCACAGCACCGUCCUCUUCUCAAAGUGAAGGGGAGAUCUCAAAAAAUAUAGCCAGUUCACUAGAGAAAGUAACUAAGGAUCCUAGAGCAUUUCUAGGAUAAGAAGCCCUGCUCAUACUCUAAUUUUAUUUUCCCUCUGCUCUUCUAUUCACCUUGCAGAUUUAACUAGAUUGGGGUUUAUUUCUAUCCCAGUAAGGGGUUAUGUUACAAGUUCAUAUUUACUUAUUUAUAAACAUUACUGUAACACAGGAUUUAAGUGCCUAAAUUAAAAGCAAGAAUCCUGGCUCAGCAAAUUUUAGAGUCUAAACAAAGCCAGAAAAGGGGUGGGGGUAUUUCAUUUCUUACCCUAAAUUGUGAUGUAGAAUUGCUGUGCUCUGUUAUUGCCAGACACAGCUAAAAAGAAUGGAUAAGGCCUUUUAGUUUGCAUCUAUCAAAGUCACUACAGCUAUCUUGCUACAACAACAGCUCAUCACCAGGGCCACUGUGCUGCUUCUGUUUGAAGAAUACUGUUGGCUAAUAUUCUAUACAAGAAUAAAAUGCUCACAUACUA